UGCACUCGGCCGCCGUCCGUCGCUCGCUCCGCUUCCGCCUUCGCCCACGUGGUCCGGCUCCGACUCGGUCCGCGGCGCCCUCGCCCCGCAUGGCCGGGAACGUGGAGGCGCCCGCGCCCGCGGGGCCCCAACACCCGCCCGACAGGAGGGCGCGGGGCGGCCGGGCCUGGGAGGACGCGGAGCACCAGGCCAAGAGGCCCAGGGGCAGCGAGGACGAGCGGCGCCGGCUGCCCAAGCGCAAGAUCGUGCUGCUCGUGGCCUACGCGGGCAAGGGCUACCACGGCAUGCAGAGGAAUGUUGGGUCCUCACAGUUUAAGACAAUUGAAGAUGACUUGGUGUCCGCCCUCGUCCGCUCAGGCUGUAUCCCUGAAAAUCACGGUGAAGACAUGAGGAAAAUGUCCUUCCAGCGGUGUGCCCGGACAGACAAGGGUGUGUCUGCAGCUGGCCAGGUAGUGUCCCUGAAGGUGUGGCUGAUUGACGACAUUUUGGAGAAGAUCAACAGCCACCUUCCGUCUCACAUUCGGAUUUUGGGUCGGGCCUCGCAGAUGAGAACCCACCGUCGGGCGCUGGACCGACUCCUCCUGAGGCGGCUCCUGGGACCCGCAGGGACCUGCCUGUCCCAGUCUCGCCCGAAGCCCUGCAGGGGCCUCGCAGCAGAGGCACGUCCGGAGACGAGGGGACUUCCUCACCCCAGCUGCCGAGGACUGAAGAGGGUCACGGGCGGGUUCAACUCCAAGAACAAGUGUGACGCCAGGACGUACUGCUACAUGCUGCCCACCUUCGCCUUUGCCCACAAGGACCGGGACGUGCAGGACGAGACCUACCGCCUGAGCCCCGAGACGCUGCAGCAGGUCAACAGGCUCCUGGCCUGCUACAAGGGCACCCACAACUUCCACAACUUCACCUCGCAGAAGGGGCCGCAGGAGCCCAGCGCGCGGCGCUACAUCCUGGAGAUGCUCUGCGAAGAGCCCUUCGUGCGGGAGGGCCUGGAGUUCGCGGUGAUCAGGGUGAAGGGCCAGAGCUUCAUGACGCACCAGAUCCGGAAGAUGGUCGGCCUGGUGGUGGCCAUUGUGAAGGGCUACGCGCCCGAGAGCGCGUUGGAGCGCAGCUGGGGCGAGGAGAAGGUGGACGUGCCCAAGGCGCCGGGGCUCGGGCUGGUGCUGGAGAGGGUGCACUUCGAGAAGUACAACCAGCGCUUCGGCAACGACGGGCUGCACGAGCCUCUGGACUGGGCGCAGGAGGAGGGCAAGGUGGCGGCCUUCAAGGAGGAGCACAUCUACCCCACCAUCGUCAGCACCGAGCGGGACGAGCGCUCCAUGGCCCAGUGGCUCAGCACGCUGCCCGUCCACGACUUCAACGCCACUGCCCUGGCGGCAGCUGGCACAGGUGCCAAGGUCUCCAGCCCCCAGGAGGGCAGCGGAGGGGACGAAGACACCGACUGAGGCCGUGGGAGCUGCCCGCGACGUGCACGCAGCAGGCACUGCCGGGGUUGCUGCAGCCGCGAGUCUCACCUGUGGCCCAGAGCCAGGGAUGCCUGGGCCUGUCAGCCGUGCCUGGCUUCAUAACCUCAGGGUCUCGACACCCAGAACCUUCUCAGUUUUCAUCACGGGAAUAACCUGCUUCUAAUCUAUUUUCAGCUCACGGGUUACAUACGUACUCCUCAGCAUGUAAAGACAGUAUUUUUUUAAAUAAGUGAUUUUCUUAUUAAAUAAAUAUAAAUUUUGCUUAGUGAA